AAAUCCAAACUUACGACUUCACUAAAAAUGCCUAAAAAAAAUAAUAUAAAAAACAUCCGUACAUUCAGACGUUCAAGUGGAUUUACUAUAUCAAUUGUUGGAAAUAUAAAGGCAUCAAUCUUAUUAUAUAAGAAUCUUGAAAAAUCAACAAAUCGAAUAAAAGCUGAUCAAGCAACAAUUUUAUUAGAACAAUUCGAUAAAAAAUACAAUAUUUGA